AUGUACAGGGAUGCUGGGAUGAAGCACGCUGCACCUAACCGGGGGGUUACCUUGGGCGUGAAACGCACUGUAAGCCCUUCAGGGUUCUUUUUCUUCGCUGUCACUGUUUCUGCUCUUAGAAAUGGCAAGAACCGCUCUCCUUCACUUGCUGCGGUCACAGAGCUACCGCCAUGUCUCCAGAAUUACACCUUCAGGUUCUCUUUCUUUCACCACCUCUGUCUUUCUCAACGCCAAUCUACUGAGAAAUUGUUACUGACUAACAAGGGUACAAGGUUAUCUGACACCUUUGAUCUUAUGGAACUGGCUCAGUUCAAUCAUUUGAUCUGCUAUAGCAAAACCCAUCAAAUGAUGCAAUGUAAUCUCAUGCCUUUUUUUCAUAUUUAUUAUUGUAGCAAAACAAUGUACCUAUUAUUUUUACUUGUAUACAUUUGUUUCCAUGGUUCAGCAUACCAAUGUUUUAGGUCCUCAACCUUUGGACGGCCCAAUAGUGUCAACCCAUCAUUCAAAAUUCCCUCUCAUCUUGGUGUUUUCCAAAGAAGAUGGGCAUCACCAGCCCCAGCCACAGAGGAAGACGACAAGAUUAGCAUCGGACCUCGUGAUGGGGGACAAUCAGGGGAAGCCGACAAGGAAACUGGAGUUGUUUAUUACGGCCCUAUUUCAAACACCAUAAAGAAAGUAAAACUUCUAUCUCUCUCAACUUGCUGCCUCUCGGUGUCGCUCGGUCCAGUCAUAACCUUUAUGACAUCCCCUGACAUGAAUGUCAUCCUGAAAGGUGCAGUGGCAUCAUCUGUGAUAUUCCUGAGUGCCUCUACAACUGCUGCCCUUCACUGGUUCGUUAGCCCCUACAUUCACAAACUCAGGUGGCAGCCAGGUUCAGACAGCUUCGAGGUGGAUAUGCUGUCCUGGCUGGCAACUUCCAUUCCAAAGACUAUCAAAUUUUCUGAUAUUCGACCACCGGAAACCAAUAGGCCUUUUGUGACGUUUAAGGCCAAUGGAAACUUUUACUUUGUGGACGCCGAGCACUGUCACAAUAAGGCACUUCUGGCUAGACUCACCCCAAAAAAAGUGACUCAUGAUUCACCAUUCAAAAACUUGUGA